AUGGCGGGAAGAAUACGUGAAGUAUGGUCCGAAAACUUGGAGAUGGAGAUGGUCUUGUUGCGAGAGACCAUCGAGAAGUAUCCUUAUGUUGCAAUGGACACGGAGUUCCCCGGAAUCGUCGCAAGACCAAUAGGCACAUUCAAGGGUUCAUCAGAUUACCACUACCAAACACUGCGCUGUAAUGUCGAUCUGCUCAAACUCAUUCAACUCGGCAUCACACUCUGCGACGAGAAUGGAAACCUCCCACCAGACGUCUGUACAUGGCAGUUCAACUUCCGCUUCAGCAUCAACGACGACAUGUGCGCACCAGACUCGCUGGAUUUGCUCACCAAGGCAGGUCUCGACUUUGACCGUCACGAGAGGAUGGGUAUCGAUGUUGAACACUUCGGAGAGCUGCUCAUAACAUCAGGACUUGCGCUUUUCGACGACGUCAAGUGGGUCUCGUUCCACAGUGGAUACGACUUUGGUUACUUGCUCAAGGUAGUAACAUGCAGUCCUCUGCCGGCACAAGAAGCCGACUUCUUCGCAUUGCUUCGAGUUUGGUUCCCAUGCAUCUACGACAUUAAGUUCCUCAUGAGGAGCUGCAAGACCUUGAAAGGCGGCUUGCAAGAUGUUGCCGAUGACCUUCAGGUCAGCCGUAUCGGCCAGCAACACCAAGCCGGAAGCGACAGUCUGCUGACAGCAACCACCUUCUUCAAAAUGCGACAAAAGUACUUCGACGGCUUGAUCGAUGACUCCAAGUAUCUCGGCUGCCUGUACGGCUUCUCCUCGAGCUCGUCGCACGUCAAUGGAAUGGUUCACUACAGUCAGGGUCGACCUGUCUCGGUCCAGAGCUUUCACGAUGCAUCUUCGAUCCCACGCUCUGUCUCGGGCGGCUACGCUGCUACCGGCGGAUACGGGUCCAACUUUGGCAGUCCUUUCAAGUCGAGUCUCAGCACAUCUACUGAGCGCUAG